AUGAACUUGCCUCCGUUCGGAGAAGGCCGGAGAGGGACCCCCCCAGCGCCGCCGCCCAGCCCCGCGCCGCCGCCCGCCCAGCUCGCACUCACCGUCGCUCUCCGCCCUGACAAGCAGGGACAUGCCCUUCAGCCUCUCCACGUAGCCCGAGGUCACAUGCCCGGUGCCCCGGUCGUCCCACUGCCGUCAUCCUGCCGCCCCCCCCCGCAGCCACCGCCCGGGGAGGGGGUGAGGGGUGGGGGUGGAGGAGACGCCCCGCGGGCCCCGGGAGGGGGAGGGGAGGCGGGAGGCCCGGACCGACGGGGCCCUCUCCACUCAGCGCCGCGCACCGCGGCCUCCCUGCAGGGGGCCUUCACUCCCACGCGCGGCGGCCUCCUCCCUCAUGUCACGGCCCGGGAAGCCGGGCUGGGGGGGGAACACCAAGGAGGCCGGGGUCUGAAUCGGCCGCCCCCCGGCAAGCGUUGCCCUGGUGCUCCUGCGCGGAUCUAUUGUCCAGGCCCAGUUGCCCACCACGGGGAAAGAAGGAGGAAUGGCUUCCACGGGGCGCCGGGCGCGGGUCACUGCCCUGCUCCCGCCUCCGCCAUGCCCUUCCUUCGCCAAGCCGCUUCCAGCCGCCGCCUCAGGCCGCCGCCAUGUUCUCCUUCCUCAUACCCGGGCCCCGUCGCCGCGGCCGCCCCCGGCGGCUCCGCUGCUCCCCUGCGCUCUCCGGGUCUCGAGAGUGUCCGCCCCCGGCCUGUGCCCCUGCGCCCUCCGCUUCUCCAGAGUCGGCGAGGGCCCCCCCGGUCGUACCUGGGGCGCCCUUCCCAACGCCAGGUCCCCUCUCGGCUGCCGCCGCUGCUUCUUCCUCCUCUCUCACGGAGCCAAAGCAGCCGCCAUCUUGGUUCAUCCCUCAAUAGAGGCGCGCGGGGUCUUCUAGCCCACAGCUACAGGGGCCGCGCCGAAGCCACGCCAUUUAAAGCUUUAACUUCAGAAUGCCAGUAUAAGUGAUGAUCUAAUGCAAGCUCAAAGGACCAGCUUUGGUAUCUCUCCACACAAAGAACCCAGGAAGAAGGUGAUGAUGUGU